AGUGAUGUCACCAGUGUUGUGGUAACAAGAGUUGCCUGUGAGGUAUUCCAUCAGAUCCUAAUGGGUUCCCAAGCAGGGUCAUUUAGGAAGGCAUCACCCCAAACUCCCAACAUCAAUGAGAACGAGAAAAGAAUCAAGAGGUUGGAGAAGCUCAAAAGAGAUCUCCAGAACAUUAAAAAUGAGAGAGACGAACUCCAGGGAAUCCUGGCCAAGUACAAGGAUUUGAAUGACAGGAUCAACUUUGAGACAUUCAUGCUUGAGAUGCAACAUAACCAGGUGAUGACUGACCUGAAGAGAAUGCCCCAGGACAUCAGUGAGGCCUUGUACAAGUACAAGCAGUUGACCACAGAAAAUCAGUUCUACUGCUGCAGGAACUGCCACCUCCUGAUUGAAUCUAAGCUCAUCCAGCACAAAGUCAGGAUAUUGUGGAAGGAGAACAGACAGCUGCUAAGGGAGCAGAUUGCAUCGGAAGAAUGCAACAUAAAAACAAAAAUACUAUGUAAAGAAGGCAGCCAGAAGAUCAAAGACAAAUAUAGCAGGCAAUCAGCAGGAAAACAAAUAAUUGUGGUUCCUGGAAGUAAGGCGGAGGCUGCUAUGUCAAAUCCAUGUGCCUGAGAGUCAAAAAGGCUGGCUAAGGCUUUGUGUUCCUUCUCUGCACUUGGUGAAUAGUGAUUGCCCACUGGAAGAGCAACAACAGGACCAAAAACAACAACUUAAAUAAUGGACUUUUUGUGAAUCUAAGGGGAAUGUCUCUCUUAAAAAGAAAAAAAAUGUCUUCUUAUAAUGGAACUGAAUAUGUCUGCUAUGUAUUAGUCAGUUUGUUUCACUAGCAUUAGAAAGGUAUGAGGAAGAAUUUAUUAACAUCUCAUCACCAAUAAAAAUUAAGGUUUUAAAAGUUA